AUGAUGGAACAGCUAGAAACGAUUGAAGCUUUGAAACGAACCAGCAAAGGAUGUGGAUUAUUUCGGAAACCAGAUUCUAAUAAUAAUAAUGCUAAUACUGUUCAAUUCAAAAAGGAUGAUAGUGACACUAUGCAGACAAAUGACAAAAUUAGGAGUCACAGCAAAAGUCCUGAAGUCAUAUGGAAGACCAAUGCCGAAUUAAGCACAGGUGAUGAAAAGGAAAAUAGGCAGAACACUUUGAUGCAGGAAUCCUCAUCUGACAACAAACCGAAAUACAAUAAUAAUGAUGACAUCAAUGACGAUUCACAAAAUUUUCUGUCCACUCCAUUGAAUAAAAUCAGUCUCAGUGAAUCUAUCAUUUCUUAUUGCGACGAGGAGAUUGAUUUAAAAGUCAAGAAUUUCAUGUUGGCCAAACAGUCUGAUCUGGAAAGAAAAGAAACAAAACAACGGGAAAAUGUACUGGUAGAAAAAAAUGUACUGCAGGAAAAGGUUCAGAAGAAAAUAUUAAAGAUACAAGAUGAAGAUAAUGAUUUUGAAAGGGCAUAUAAUGAAGAGUUGAUGGCAACACAAAAUCAACUGAAAGAAGUUCACAAUCGUCAUGCACAGCUUUUAAAUAAAAGAGAUUCAGAUGCCCAGAAAGAUGCCCUAAGGAAGGAACAGGAAAAGUUAGAGCAGAAAGUUGUGAAAGGAAGAAAGGAGGUUCACAAGUGUAUAGAGGAGAUGAACAAUUUGUUAAAAGUUCACAAUUUCACCGAUAAUUUACCACCACCGGUCGGUUCCUGCGUUGACGUCUUGAAGCAGAUUAGCGAUAAAAUAGCUGACAUAAGCUCUCCCGCUACGUUAACCGAUCUCGACGCUCGGAGUGUUGCGUUUUUGUCAGCUGAAGCCAAAAAAAUCAUUGCCAUUGCAGAGACUCUAAUUGUGGAAGCUUCUAGAAAAAGAUUAGAAGAAAAGAUCAAAGAAUCUGAAAAGGCUGUGCACAUUAGGAGCAGUACAGCAGCAGAAGUAGCAACAACAUUCACAAAAACUACAUCCGCAAAAACUGCAUCAAGUGCAGCACCGCAAGUAUCUUCUAGAUUAUCACCGCAACCAGCUAACCAGUGUCGGGCUAUAUACAUGGAGUUCUUGAAGUUAUUAAACAGUGUUGAAAUGGACUGCAAAGAAUUUGAAGAGGAUACAGUGCUGAAGAAAUAUAGAUUCAGUCUAAUGAAAGCAGUGAGUGAGAAUGUCAACACGAUAAACAAUAAUGAACCUGGCCAUUUGCAUGACAAAGUCGAAAAAUUCAUCAGGUUGUUGGAGGGAGGCACGAUCGGCGUCAGUGGCGAUCAGAAUGUUUCCACACGGGAUCAUCCUGUUGCCAGUUUAUAUUGUUUAAACAGACUGGCCAAAAAGCUUGUGAAUCAAGGAGGUGAGUUGGUUUCAUCAAGGCCUGAAGCUGCCUUCAUAUAUUCGCCAGUAGUUGUGGGAUUGUGGUGCAAGUAUCCCAUAUUUGGCAAGCUCUUCCUUGUUCACCUGGCUCUCAAGUGCCCUUUUCUAGUGCCUUACAUAAUAGAAAGGGAGGGAAAGUCUGAUUUGGAGUAUUUUCAGAUGUUAGGAUAUGACAUAAGCGACAAUGGUGAACUUGAAAAAGAGAGCUUAUUUCUUAAACGUUUUUCAGGUUACGUAACAUUCUAUGCUGCCGUUACUGUCUCUCAACCUCCGAGCAACCACUUAUUGGGCAGGAAAAUUAAACUACAAUCUCCCCAUGGUCUGCAGAACGCGUGGACCUGGUUGGCCAGAGUUCUAGGGCAGCCUCCCAUUCAGGGAAUCACGCCAACAGCGCUCCACAGUUUUUUGGAAGUCGUCGGCUUUGAGAUGGGCAGAUGUUACGGAAAACAAUUUUUCAAAAUGUUGCAAUUUUUAAAAUUUAUUUAUUUACCUGAAAUUAAAAAAGUUACGACAGACAGCGAUAAAAUUGCGCCUUUGGAGCGCUUGCGAUUGUUCGUGGAUGGAGCUUUCUCAAAAGGAAAAAUCGUUCGCCAUCCUGGCUUGAAAAAAAUGAUUAAAUAAACUUCUUGUGAUAAGCUUUGUACUUUCACUUUAUGUAACAUUGCGAUAUAAUUCAUGGUAACUACAUGGUGUUCCAAUUUAAUCAAUCAAUCUUCGUUUAGCGUCCAGAGACCCUGUUCCCGAGGUAGGACGAUGAAGUUCCAAUUUACUAUAUGAAUUUUUUUGAAAAAUUUACUUUUAUUACAAUUUUUUGUUAAUUUUGUUUGAAGGAUACUUUAAAUUCAUACAUCUAUCUGUCACUUAUGUGGUUUAUUAAAUAUAAG